AAGAAAGGGGAACUGCAAUGGGGCACACAAUGCAGCAAAGCAGUAGGAUUGCGGGUGUUAAGACCAAAGAUGGCGAGAAUCUGGUAUCCACAAGUAGACAGAAAAUGGUAGAAGGCAAUAAGAACCCGUUGAUGCAGAAAAAUACUGUUUUUCUUGUGCAAGCGGAAAAAGUCCUGCCUGCCAACAAUGUCGGCCUUGAGAUGGUUAUUCAUGAUGGAAAACAACUGUCGAAAGACAUGAUGGGAAUGAAACCUGUGACAAGAUCAGGAAACACAACAAUCAUCAAGACAGAUAAGCAGCAAAGUGCCCAACUCAAACACAACAGCAGCAAGGAUAAUCGUGAAAGAGAAAGAAAGCAGGAUAAUACAAGGUCUGGGGAACAAAAGUUGCAGGUAAGAAAACAACAAGGUACAGAAAUGAUAUCCAAUAGUACAUUCAACAAGGUAGCAAAGCAGCCUCACACAAGCCAAGCCAGGAUAAAUAGAACCAGUAUGACAGAAAGAGUUACAAAUGGCACUUACCAUGAGAAUCUGGUGAGAAGAAAAACUUCUGCUGAAUUGAACAUCCAUAUGAAUGAUUUUCCUCAAAAGGACUCGGAUCAAGAAAAUUUAGGAAUUCCACCAGCUAUGAAGGAGAAAGCUGUUCAUCAUGUAGCACCCUUACAGAAGGCAAAAACUAGAAGAGUGGAUAAAAGUGAAAUUCCUCGACGAAUGGAUGAAGUAGUGACCAGAAGAAAUGGAACGCUGAAUAAGUUGACAAGGCCACCAAAGCAAUCCAUUUUGGAGCAAGUGACACAUAGAACCCAUGAUAAAGUCGGUGGCCACAAUGGAGCAGAAAAGGGUAGAGCCAGCAGGUUGAAACAAGAAGAGCCGCGCAUUGUCAAAUCCAGCAAACCAACAGAAAGCACUCAACCACUACAUUUGGCACAAAACCUACAGAAAGAAGCUGAGGCUCCUACUUCCUAUGGUCAUGAUGAAGAUGAAUUCCGAAGCGUCCAUGAACCACAAACUCUAGUUCCACAUGACACUUGUCAAAACUCAAUCUCAGUAGUACCUAACGAACAAAAAGAUCAAGCGCCAACCUUUGGACCUAAUGAGUGCAUUACAUCACCAAAUGCACUUAAUGGAACCCAAUCAACCCAUGAAGACACCUUGGACAUUUCACCCACUGUGCAACUGAAGCAACAUAAGCCAUUCAAUAGGAGAAAACAAGAGCCACUUACAGAAAGCGAAACCCAUCUGAAGCAGAUAGUGAUCCAGAGCCAACUGUUCCUCAACACAGCAGAGGCGCUCUUCAGACUCGAAAUCCCUAUCGAUAUUCUCGACGCUAAUCAUGAAGGCAACUGCACCACUCAGCCCCAAGACACAAAGCUCACAUUGGACUGCAGCUACGAAAUAAUGAAAAGAAAAGGGAAGAGGCAAGAGCUGGGUGUGCAUCCCUGUUUUGUGAAGGUGUCAAUAAGCUUUGUUGAGGUGAGGAAUCUAGAUGAGCUGGUUAAGGAGUUGAGUAGAGACAUUGAGAAGCUGAGACUGUAUGGUAAGAAUGGGAAAGUGGAAUGUGAGGCUGAGGAGUAUGUGCCUAGAAUGCUUGAGUUUGAUGUGAAUAAUAGGGAGGCUGACUUGAAUUGUAUGUGGGAUUUGGGUUGGGAUGUGAAUGUGUUUGGGUUUGUUGAAGUGGAUGAAGUUGUUACGGAUUUGGAGAAGCUUGUGGUGAGUGGACUUAUUGAUGAGCUUACCAGAGACCUGCUUCAUAUGUGAGACAAUCUUUGUUAAUGGGAUUUACUGCAAACGAGCAGCAGCAAUGCAUUUGGUGUAUAUGGUUUUGUAACAGAUACAUUGAUAACUGUUAAAAGCAGUAGGGAUUUGGAAAGAAUUCUGGUUCAUGUACAAUGAUUUUUGUUAUUGAA